AAUAAAGUUUUUUUUUGUGUGUUGUGUAGAAGACGAGACGAGGCUCAGGCUAGGUGGUGGUGUCUUGUCACGAUGACGGUGGGUGUCUGUGGAGCGUCGCUCCCUCGUGCAGGAGCAAGGCGACGACAAUCCGCCGCAGAGAGAGAGAGGCGAUCUCUGUCUCUCCGCUCUUCUGGCGUCUCCCGACCGGAUACAAAGAAAUAAAUAAAAGUUAAACUCGAGCCUGCGGCCUAGCACCGUAACCACCAAGUAGGCCUAGCGCCGCGUCAGGGCGCGUGCUUCUUGAUUAAACUUCAUUUUGCCGCGUGUUUGAAAAGUGUAUGAUCUGUGAAGCGAUUUUAGCGCUUCUGUUAUAAAAGGAUGAAAGUAGUUUCGCUUAAUUGGUGAUUACACGUGUUUUCCGUUCUUACAUAUUACAAUGAGCCGUUCAGGCUAGGCCCCAGUUCCAUCUGUCGGGAGUGAAUUCCUUAGCGUAUUUGUAUAUUUUUCCCAUUUAAGUGUUAAACUAGAUAUUUGUUUUAGCCUUACAUUUCCAGUUUAGCGCGAUGUGGCUUACCCGUGGUCGUAUUAGACCAUGUUCUCAAGUAACAUUGUUUUAGUUUGCUUACAAUGGAUACCCUUUCCGUGAUGCCUCAGAUUUUUUCUCGUUAUCUUUUCAUUGUAAAAUGCUCGUCAUUGAAAAAAGUGCCGCUAUUUCCGUGCGGGGUUCGUCAAACUCCACCGUAGGGGAACGAUUUACGAUGGGACAGGUUGGGCAGAUCGCGUAGCAUGAAGCAAACUGCACCGAUUGCAUCGCAGCCCAGAUCUGACUCCCGCAAAAUUGACUUAAGUAAAUUUUCAUUUUGAAAUGUUACUUGACUGUGCGGGGUGUUUAUACUGCUGGCCAUCCAGCAGUGUAAAUUGGUACGCCAGUCAGUCGGUAGACCGAGUGUGGUUGGAUAAAUGGUGGCUGUGCCCACCUUCCAAUACGCCUGGCCAGAGCGUAAGCCAAAGCUACUCGAGCUGGUCUUCGGAACUACCUCGAGUGUAUGCUCUUCCCCAUGCAUUGGCGCCAUAAAUUAACUACAGGGCUGCACCCCUAACAUUUUCACCUUUUACGUGACGCUGAUGAAUGCUGGACCGUGGCGGAAUGCCGGCUCCGGUUAUGCGCGGCCAAAAGUUAUUGGAUAAGGAUGACGAUCACGUUUUAAAACGACCAAAAGUUCAUCACAUUACGUGAAUGAAGAGCUAGCAUGUUGUAUGAGGUCAAUUAUUUAGCCUUAGAUUGUAUUCAUUUCAGCAGGAAGUACCCAAUGAGCGGUUAGGCACUUAUUUAAUUGGCGCCUUGCGACUUCUUAAAUAUUAUACGGUACAGAUCUUAAUUACAAUCGUGGUUGCAUUGAUCGCGAUACAAACAAGUAUCGGAUCGUGCUUUACAUGUUACAGGAAUAGGGAACCGCUCGAAAACUAAAUAAUGAACAUCUAAUGAGAAAAAGAGGCAUUACGUAUGUGGCAUCUAAUACAUGAUUAUUUAAAUUAUUUAAUUACAUAUCGAAAAUGUCAUAGAACUCCAACCUUACUAUUUUCAGUAACACUUUUGAUAUUUCUACUAAAUACCCUUUCAUUAACACUGCGAAAUUAAUCAAUAUGACAGAUUAAUAUCACGUAAGAGUUGUAUUAAAGAGUCGUAAAUGUCUGUGGAUGUGCAAUAUACAUUUAUACCUACAUCUUCCCUAUUGGGAUGCUUUGCACCACUAUGGCCAAUAAUGUGUUUUAAUGCUACCUUGAACUGUUUUUCACAUUACAUAUAUCCAUAUUUAACGACCUGUGAUAUUUUAAAUGUAUACAGUUGUGAAUACUUUACAUGCAAUGUUACUGUGCUUUUAAGAAUGUCUCAUAGCUUAUGCGCCCAGGUAAUGUAUGUGAAAUGUCUUUCGCACUGUAUGUAGCCAAUCGUGCUAAUCGGAGGUACGGUAAUGUUUCACCUUAAGACCUCAAAUCGCUAUCGUAAUGAUCGUUGCCUAUUGAAUGUGCUUGCAUGAUUGUUAAGGUACAGGGAUGGAGCUGCAUUGGUAUUGUCUCCAAGUUACUACCGUUAUUUACCGUUUGAGUUGUUUCUACUAAUGUUACUUUUCUUGUGUUUUUUAUUGAAGGUACAGUAUUUGUGGAGUUUUUACAUCUACUGAUGCUACGUCUACUUACAUAGAUAAGAUGAAUGUUUUCUCUAAGUGUCAGGGGGCCUCGCAAAUGCAGUCGCGCCUUUUUCUAUGCGUGGCCGCUACUGCGGCGGUGACGCGUACAGGCACUUGCAGAUCCCCCAACUCCAACAAGAAGCAACAUUACACUCAUGCACUCGCAUUGGCAGCGAUUAAUGACCAAAUCCACGAUUUGUGGCCGUGAACAUGAACACACUUUUACUCGUGCGCAAUAAUGCUGAAUUACCACAUCCCCAUCCCAAAAAAUGUAUAUCAAAAGAAACAUUUCGGUGUCGUAGACCCAUAUGGUUACAGCUUGCAUGCAUAAUUGCUUGUGUGUACAUUCAUAGCGUAAUGUACAGUUCUAUGUAUUGUAUGUAACCUUGUGUGUGUAUGCUUAAGUUAAUUUUCAUGGUGUCCGUGACAAGCUGAACACACAGCAUAUGUAUCUUACAAAUUUAUUAUGACAACCAAUUCCUGACAACCAAAAAUUGACUUUAAUGGUAUGAUUUAGGAUUUAUUUUAGAAUGUAAAUAUUCAUGUGGCGUGCAUGUGGCGCUUGCGUGGCCCCCGGGAGUUUAUAAAGCCGUUUUCCACAAACCCUUUGAGCUCGCUGAAAUGAUGCGAAAAGUCGAGCAAAACAGUUGCGAGGAAAUUGUUUUUGCUUAAGUUUUUGCAGUGGUUGAAAUUGCGUGGCCUGUUUGCUCGCGGGAUUCUGUAUUGGCUCUCGCAAGCGACGGUGCAAUGCGCGUUGUGGAAAACGGCGGCUGUGUGUACAGUAUUUUGAUGUUCCACUACUCAUUGUCGCUUGGUUUAUAUCGAGUCCUUGUUGUGGCCAUUGCCACUUACCGUUUGGGCACUGCAAACUAAAACAAUGUAGAAGAAUUGAAAUGGAAGAUUACAUUUUUUAUUUUCUCAAAUUCAAAAGUAACAUUAAGUCUAAACAAAGUGUACAAAAACUGAAAAUCGUCAAAACACUCCAACUGCUGGGACUGCGAAGAAGUUUGGCUUCAAGUCCUCUAAAGCGACCAUGACGUAAAAGAAGACUGGCAUAUCGUGCGCAAAAUGUUUGUAGGUGGUCUGAAUAUUGACACCGAAACCGACACGCUGACUUCCUACUUCUCCAAGUACGGCACGGUGGUGCAUGCCGUGGUUCUGAAAGACGCACGCACGAACAAGUCACGCAAAUGUGGCUUUGUGACGUACUCGAGCGUGGAGGAGGUGGACGAGGCUAUGAGCAACAGGCCGCACAUGAUCGACGGAGUCGUGGUGGAUGCCAAGCGUGCCAUGAGUGCGCAGAACAUGCGCAUGCCCGGCUCACAGGAGAAGGUGACCAAGAUCUUUGUUGGCGGCCUGGGCCGCGAGAUCACGAGCCCUCAUCUGCGCGAGUACUUUGAGUCGUAUGGCGCCGUGCUCGAGGCCUUCGUCAUGAAGGACGCCAAGACCGGGAACUCCCGCGGUUUCGGGUUCGUGUCGUUUAACGACCACGACUGCGUCGACAAGUGCACCCAGCAACGAUACCACAUGAUCAAUAACAAACAGGUGGAAGUCAAGAAGGUGUGGACCGAGCACCAGCAGAAGAAGAUGGGCGGUGGGCGCGAUCGCCACGGCAUGCCCUCUAACAUGCCCCCACCCCACAUGCUGGGCAUGCAGGGCAUGCAGGGCAUGCAGGGCAUGCAAGGCAUGCAAGGCAUGCAGGGCAUGCAGGGCAUGCAGGGCAUGCAGGGCAUGCAGGGCAUGCAGGGCAUGUCGGGCAUGCAGGGCAUGCAGGGCAUGCAGGGCGUAUCGGGCAUGCCGGGAAUGUUCGGCCCACCAGGCUUCCAGGGCAUGCCCCCGCCCCGCAUGCCCGGCAUGUCGGCAAUGCCAAGGGCACAGGGGAUGAAAGGGCCACCAGGAAUGUCAGGGAUGCCACCGCCGCCGCUGCCGCCACCGAAUAUGCCGGGAAUGCCUUCUGGCCCGGCUUUGCCGGGAGUGAACGGCAUGCAGGCGCUGCAGGCUCUGCAGGUGCUGCAGGCCGUGCAGACGCUGCAGGGCCUCCUCAUGCCCAACACGCAAGCGUCUGCCUCUGCCCUCGCUGCCGCCGCCGCGGCCAUGCCAGCCAUGAGCAUCACCAACGCCAUGGGCCUUGCCAACACGUUGGGAGCUGGGAUGACCAACCCUGGUGCGGGGCCUAACUCUGCCGCGGGCAGCUCCUACGACCCGAAGAUGAUGGGGACCAUGAGCGGUCACGGCCGCGAUAGUUUCAACGGCGGCGGCAAUAGCGGAAAUGGGGCCGAGAACCCCUACAGCGGCAGCUACAACAACUACGGGGACAUGAGCGCCUACGGAGGGGGCACAACCGAGCAGGGCUUCCUUGUGGGCAAGGUUGGCGGCGGCGGCGGCGGCAGCGGCGGCGUUCAUGGCGCUUCGCGGCUCUACAGAAACAUGCAGGAUGAGCGCGAGGAUUGGCAGCCGAGCAGCUCCAACGAGCUGGCGCGCAGCGACGUGUGGUCACACUUCCAGCUACUGGGCACCGGCGUGCGCUGCUGCCUGUGCAGCGUGAAGCUGCAAUACAAGGGAGACAGUCUGCCGGCGAUGAUAUACCACCUGCAGAGCCGGCACCCGCAGGCCCUAGAAGACAAGCAUUACUCGAAGAGGGAGUCGAGAGAUGGAGACUGGGACAACCGGAGGGAUGACCUGCGGUACUACUGAGGAUCGACUGCUGUGUGGUUGUACAAAGAGUUGUUGCACUCAAAUAUAGCCACCCAUGGCUAUAUUUGAGUGCAACAAGACAAAAUCGGAACCGGAGUCACUAGCGACCGUCGAAGGGUAAACUGGUAGGCGUUAUCUUCGGUGGCGAACCGUGUGCUUUGUGCCCGACCGCAUUUGUUUAUUAAGUAGUAGAAAUUCGUGAAAUGUUAAAGUGUAGGAGUUUCAUACGUUCGUUCUUGGGGGUGUUCUUUUUGGGCAUCGCUGUUUUGACAUAGUCGCCGAUCCUGCGUGCCUACACCCACUUGGGGGGAACAGUGACAUUUUUGUUGAGAUAAAUAUAUUGUAACUUACAAAAUUUACUUCCAAUAGUUAUGAACCCUGGUGGAGCCAGUUGAGGGUGGGGGGGGGUGGCACGUGCCCCCCCAAUGAUCCGAUCGAAAUUCCUAAUUUCAAUCGGAUCAUUGGGGUUUAUUAGUAAUAAAUCGACAUUUUGCGACCCCCACUUCCACUGUGUAGCAGGUUAUUAUGUGCCAGGGACUCUGAGAUGAUGGGACAAUAGUCUUGGAGUCGAUAAUUGGCAAUAAGUAACGGCAAAGUAGUUAUAAGUGACAGAAUUGUGCGCAGUUGCGUACACAGUACACGACUUCCCUGAAGGCAUUCACCUUCAGCGAGCGCGAUGCCGAUCACACAACGCGGUUCGACUUCGACCCUCGAUCGAUGGCUGCGCCAUUUCCGCAAACGCGUCGAAUAAAAAGCUAGGGACAGUCCUUACUAACAACUCGUCUAUCAUUUUUCAUUGGAGGGGUUGCCCCCCCCCCCCCUACCUGAUAACCCUGGCUCUGCCAUUGUUUAUAAAGAUUAUUUUGCAUACAAAUUAUGUAAUGGGUGCAUUAGGGUUAAUGGUUACUAAUAUGAGAGUAAUAAGUGUAAUGAUGUUGUUGAUCAUUUAAAAUUGUUUGCUUUCCGAGCAUUCUAACAAUUUGUGUGGCGGCCUUUAAAUGCAUUCAUACAUUGACUUGGCCAGGUGGCUCGUGGGGCUAAUGUUGUAUGUCGUCACUUAGAGGUCCCAGCUCAAACCCAUGUACCCACCCGCUUGCAAUUGUAACCCGGGUUCUCAAGUCUCGAGAGUUGUUGGUCUCAUCCCUGUCCCCGUUGUCUCCCACAACACCCAUCGUUUAGCAUGAUUGGCUACAUGUGGUGUGAAAGAAGGUCUACAUACAUAAGUUUAAUUCUGCUUAUUUCCAGCCCUUAGGAAUGACUUAUGGUGGUUCGACUGCAAUGUAAUGAACCUUUACAUCCACAGCAGGGCAAUGGAUAGAGUGCAACAAUGUCCCAAGUGUGGCUAAGGAAUAAUUGAGGUGAACCGAGAAGUUCUGUAAUUUCAUCUUCCAGAUGCCGUAAUCUAAGAGGGGGUAAAACACUUUCUGGUCUGUGCAAGAGUUUAAAUUUCAAAUGUAUUCCUCCCAUGAUCUUCAUCUCAUGCCAGUAAGUCCAAUUGGCAUACAAUUUAGAAUGUUCCUUUUUGGUUUUUGUCGAUGGAAACCACUGCAGCUUUAAGGCACGUUGAGGAAUGACUGGAAGACAACACAAGUCGACUUUCAUUUGUCUCUUAAUUGAUUGGUCUGCUUUAAGUAACUUUUAGACAGCUAAUAGCUUUCUGUACGUAUUCAUUAACUGCUAUUGUGUGUCCACUGCUGCAUAUGUCCACUGAAAUGUCUACAGUGAAUCGAGUGCCAGACAGAUUUAUUUGACAGUGCUUCUCGGUACAAUCAAUGCACAUUAGCACCACAUGGUAAAGUUAGAGUUUUGUGUGGUCUUUACCAUGAACUGUACGUUACUUUAACUCCCUGUGGCGCAAUGGGUUUUUCAUGGUCCUGAAAAUGUCUUAACUGAAUUCUCCUCGCCUUCACCUUGAAAACGUGUGCUUGUGAUGGAAGUCCAACUUGCGACACAACAACCUGCUUUAGUUUUCUCUGGGAGUGCUGGACCCUGAUUCAAACCCAUGGCUUCAGCCGGCCCUAGCUCGGUGCUCUGACAGUGAAAUCAGUAUCUCCGCUAGCAACCCACCUCACUCUGUACCUUUUAAACAUCCUCCUGCUCUAAAAACUGGUUGACCUGUCUCGUAUGCACGUGUAGGUGUGCAUGUAUUUCCACGUCGCGCUACAAUCUGUGCUGCUCGCGAUGUGCAAACGCCCAGUAUAAUUAUUCAACUGUAAUGUAAUUUAUCUCAGACGGAUAUCUUCAACUGGGUCUCAAGAAUAUAUGCUGCAGGAAGGCGGUCAUGCAUUUGGUUAUUCGGCCAAGAUAAAUUUUAACCGGAUCUGUCUAGCCCACCCAAAGUCAGCGCUGCUCAAAUUGAGUAGCUGGUGCGAUGUACGCAGCGACGUUUAUGUUGAGGUGGAGGGAGGGGCCCCCUGGCUCAGUCAGUGCCAAGCCAGCACCGCUGAGAUCCUGGCUCCGAAUGGAGGCAGCUGCCGUUGGUUAAACUUAUUCCUUAAAUUGUAGCGAGUUAAUGGUCUCAGCCUCAUCACCAAUGACUGCGAAAAUAAAAAGUUGUCAAAAGUGCAGUUAUUCUCUUGACGUGGCAAACCCACAACAUUUACAACUGAGUACACGUCAAGUGUAAACAGUGUACUCGAUUGUAAAUGUGGAUUUGCUCUACUCAAUACAACGGUGUGCUGAAUUGGUAAUAAAUUGGCACGUUCUGUUCAUGUGACACACCUUAUUAAUUGGCUGUGUCUGGUGGAGGUGGGUGUAUGAAAACGUUUACGUUUUCGCGACGUCACCCAUCAUUAUUUAUGACGAUGUCGGUCGCGAAAGCUUCCGUAUUAAGUUUCUAUAACUGGUUUGACUGCCAUGCAACUGAUCUCGUGGGAAGUUUGAUCCCCCACCCCCACUACUGCGUAAAGGAUAAAAAAAUACCACUUAACAUAUAUUUAACAUUUUUUUUGUGCACAAUCGCGCAUGAAGUAAUGUGGCGUGCCGCACUGCUCUGCAAAGUUUCCAAAUUGUGUGGCUAAUGACAUUGCGACAAUGGCUUUGGAGGAGCGAAUGUUGGCGUGCACGAUGCUGAACCACGCCACGGCGGCGUGCAGCGUUCCAAAAUGAGUUUGUGCUUCUUGAACGCGGUAGCCCUGAUAGCCGUUGCUUUAAACGGGAGAUCUUAGGCUUUUUUUAUUACAUUAAAAUAAACUCAUCCUUUUCUAGUCGUC